UUAACCGCUGAUACAUAGCUCUGUGCGGGUGUGUGUGCCUGCGUGUGCGCAGACGCAGCGCGCUCGGAGCCAGCCAGCCGCGUCAGGUGGAUGCGCCUGCAGUGAUCCAGGUCGCCCCUAUGGAUCGCGUCCAUGGACGUCUCCAAACCCGCUGUGGACAAUAGUUUGAGUCCCAAUGCGCGCGGUUCCUCGUCAGAAGACGCGGAGGUGGAUGUGUUUCGCUGGCCCACACCGCGGGAUGGAGUGUGCGCCGCGCCGGGUGCGGGACGCGGAGCUCCGGGCUUCUGGACGGCCGUGUUCGACUAUGAAGCGACUGCGGACGACGAGCUCAGCCUGCGGAGAGGGGACCUGGUGGAGCUGCUGUCCAAGGACUCCCUGGUGUCCGGGGAUGAGGGCUGGUGGACCGGGAUGAUAGCGGACCGGGUUGGCAUCUUCCCGUCCAACUAUGUGAGCAAAGGGAAAGGCAUUCCGAAGGAGAUCCGGGACACCUCGGAGCAGCAGUGCUCGCUGCCUCCUCUGCACCUCUUGGAGAUUGAUUUCUCAGAGUUGACCCUGGAGGAGAUCAUCGGGGUGGGAGGUUUCGGGAAGGUCUACCGUGCGGUGUGGCGAGGCUCAGAGGUGGCGGUGAAGGCGGCACGACGGGAUCCUGACGAGGACGUGGAGCAAACCCUGGAGAGCGUGCGUCAGGAGGCCAAGCUCUUCGCCAUGCUCAACCAUCCCAACAUCAUGGCUCUGCUGGGGGUGUGUCUGCAAGAGCCCAACCUGUGUCUGGUCAUGGAGUACGCCCGGGGUGGCCCCCUCAAUCGGGCCCUGGCGGGGAAACGCAUCCCUCCCUGCACGCUGGUGGACUGGGCUGUGCAGAUCGCUCGGGGCAUGCUCUAUCUCCACAGCCAGGCCAUCGUCCCCAUCAUCCACCGGGACCUCAAGUCCAGCAACAUCCUGAUCCUCGAGAGAGUGGAGAUGGAAGACCUCAGCAACAAGACCUUGAAGAUCACAGACUUUGGCCUGGCUCGAGAGUGGCACCGCACCACCAAGAUGAGCGCCGCAGGCACCUACGCCUGGAUGGCUCCUGAAGUCAUCCGCUCGUCUACUUUCUCCAAGGGUAGCGACGUAUGGAGUUACGGCGUGCUGUUGUGGGAGCUGCUGACUGGAGAAGUUCCUUUUCGGGGUAUCGACGGCCUCGCAGUGGCGUACGGCGUGGCAAUGAACAAACUCGCUUUGCCCAUUCCUUCCACUUGUCCUGAGCCCUUUGCACGUCUCAUGGAGGACUGCUGGAGCUCAGACCCUCACUGUCGGCCACAGUUUCCGUCUGUUUUGGACCAUCUGACGGCCAUCGAGGAGUCGGGCUUCUUUGAAAUGCCGGCAGAGUCUUUCCACUCUCUGCAGGAUGACUGGAAACUGGAGAUCCAGGAAAUGUUUGAUCAACUGAGGACCAAGGAAAAGGAGCUGCGAUCGUGGGAAGAGGAGCUGACCCAAGCUGCGCUGCAGCAGAAGUGCCAGGAGGAGGCGCUGAGGAGGCGCGAGCAGGAACUAGCCGAGCGGGAGAUCCACAUCCUGGAGCGAGAGCUCAACAUCAUCAUUCACCAGCUCUACCAGGAAAAGCCUCACGUGGAGAGCAGGCAGGGCAAGUUCCGCCGCAACCGCCUUAAACUCAAGGAUGGGAACAGGAUCAGCUUACCCUCAGAUUUUCAGCACAAAAUCACGGUGCAGGCCUCUCCCUCCCACGAUCGUCGGAGGAGUUUGCUCAGCAGCAGUUCCAGCCCCCCGCCCAGUCCACCCAUCCUCCCCCGCCUGAGAGCCAUCCAGCUCACUCCAGGAGAGGGGUGUACCGCCUGGGGUCGCAACACACUUUUUUUCCAGCAGGAUGAUGAGGAGGUCGAGAGGAGAGGUUCCAGGAAGAUAGGCAGGUCCCGUGGGUGUGGCCCCCACAGGGAGCACAGCGCUGAUGCCAGUGUGAAACCUCCUCACGAGUGCAGCAGGCAGCGGUCCUGCAGCGCCCCAAACCUCCGCAGAUCCCCGAGGCACAGUCCAGCGGUGCCUGGAGUGCCGAGCCUUGUGGAGAUGGAAAAUGAAGACUGUUGCUUCUCCACUGAGCCAGGAGCUGUCCCUGGUCAGUCCUACCUCUGCAUCCCCUUCCAGAAGGAUGCCCACUCAGCCGCUACCGCUGACAGCGAAGGAGACGAGUACUGCCCCAGUGGCCAGGUGCCAGGAACGCCCCCGUGCAGGAAGAGCCAGGGAGGGGGUCGGCGCUCUGAGCUGGUGCUGCUGGGCUGUGGAGCUCUCCUGGCAGCUGUCGGACUGGGUUGCAACCUGCUAACUCUGGCCCAACCAGAGGAGAGCAUCAAACCCCGGUGGGAGGGCUUCUUCCACAGAACAGGGGGCCAGAGGCGAAGCACCAGCCCCCCGACUCGUAGACUGUUCAGGCGGGAGAGCCCGCUGAAGCCCUCGGCGCCAUCGCUACCUGAGCGAGGUUUACCCCCUUCCUACACACUGCUGUCCUUAUCAUCAGUGUCCGACUGCAACUCCACUCGCUCACUGCUGCGCUCUGACAGUGAGGACGUGUUGGUCUGCCGCCCUGCCUCACCGCCCCCACAACCGUCUUUCAUACUUCAACACCCAGCCAUUCGAACCCCGGUGAACCCACUGGUCAACACCCACCUGGAGAGCUUCAAGCGGAACCCCCGACAGUCUCUCACACCCACACACGUACCCUGCGCCCCAGCCUCCUCACGAAGUCUGCGUCGAAUACCGUCAGACGGAGCCAUAAAGAAAAGCUGCCCUUCCAAUAAUCUGGAGCCAUUGCCAGAAAGAUCAGCUUUGCAGAACACAGCAGGUGGCUUCAGAGCUUUAAAGGAGGACUUUCAGAAGGUCCCCCGACUCCCUGAUCCAAACAUCGUGUUCCCUCCAACGCCUCGUCGCCGCUGUGCUCCUGAACGCCCCAAAACCCUAGACUUUGUAGCUCGGCCUCGGCCUUCGCCACGGAUGCGCUCUGACGUGUUUUGGCCGGAGGGGAGGCCCAGGGGAAAUGGACAAAACCUGGGUAACGGUGAAUCCCCCGCCCACACCUCCAGCACGGAAACUCCCCCAACAGUAGAGUUUGGGAGGGACCCGGCAGUGCUGCCCACCCCGUUAGACGCCCCGACGCCCUUCUCCCCUCGCAAGAAUGAAAACCUGUUGGAUCGGCAGGACGAGGGACAGUACCGGGAUGGAACCGUCCCACUCUGCAAACCGGAGAUCAGUUUUCCCAAAGACACACCUUAUGGCUACAGACCUGGAUUCUGGUCCUAACUCAGCAUCUAACUCUCACUGGUCCAACACAAGCAGGGGGCUGCCUUUGCCUUUGGAUUGUGACAGGUGCGGGUCAAUGGAGUCAGUUUUUAGCUUUAACUGGUACUAAAGGGGGGGUGGUUUCUCCAUCUAUAUAUUUUGGAAUUAAUUUACAGGAAGAGAUUUACUGUGAACAUUUUAUCUUUCUGAUUUUUGUUGUUUUACCAAUGUGGCGUCUGAAACUACGACAGAGUACAAGGGUCAUAUUGAAGGAAAAGAGAUUAUGAGAAUAACUUCACAAUAUUAGGAGAUUAAUCUUGUAAUAUUAGGGCUUUAUUCUCAUGAUAUUAUAACUUUAUUUUUGUAAUAUUACAACUGUACUCCCAACAUUCUUUACCCUUUAAAUGGCCCUAAUACUCUGUUGUACCAAACAGCUGAAUCAAACCUUGGAAAGUUAAUGAAAAAGGUUUUUUGACCCAGGUCUGGUUGUUAAUGCAUCAGAAGGAUAAAAUUACAAUUUUCCUUUACCCUGUCAUUUGUCAUUCAAGGAUUUGUUUUCUCUUUGGGAAUAAACAGACGAAUAUCUUUGUAGCAGAAUGACAAUGACAGUUUCACAAAGCUUUACAUACUUUUUUCUAAUUUUGAACUUGCGUUGAAGAUUGUGCAUUUAUUCAAGUGCACUUUUGGGAAGCAUCAUGAAUGUAAAGCUUCAGGGGGUUUUUUUUCCAAAAAGAAAAACACUGUCUCUGAUUAUUCGUCUGUAAAAGCACCAUGUGAUUUGAUUUUCGACCUUCUGUGCUAGUAGCUGAUGAAUCCCUGUUUUGUACCGAGCACCUGUCAUCACCAGUCACAUCUGCAGAGUUAAAUCCCAGGGAGGAGGGAUGCUGUUGUAUAAUAUGUGCACUUCUUUGCAUUAGCAGCCGUGUCAGCACAAUAACGUCUGACAUCGUCUCCAGCUCUGUACUGUGAACUGCUCUAUAAAAAAAAAGAGAAAAGAAUGUCACUAAAGCUUGAGUUUGAAUUGGAACUGAAACGCUGCCGGGGCGUCACAAUAUAUCAGUAUAUCCAGGAACUCAUUAAUUCAUUUGUGGCCCUGUUAGAGGAGCUUGGUCGGGGCCGAGCCACCAUUUGAGAAACGUCUCUCCAAAACUGCGAAAAAGGGAACUUUUGUAUUUGUAACUCUGUAAAUUGUCGAAUGAGGGAUGUAAAGUGUGUUUUAAAUUAUGUUAAUGGGUAAACUGCAUGAGUGUUGAAUGGCACAGGGGAGAAACAGGCCCUGGUGGCAUGUGGAACUUCAAUACUGAUUAUUUGUAUUGAUUUAUUUAAUUUUAUUUAUUGGUUAAUUUAUCUGAAGGUUUAUUUUUAUAUUUCGUUUUAUUUGCCUUUAUUUUUGACACUUGGUAAUGCUGUUCAUGAAUGUUUUUUGUUUUGAGAAUUUUGCAACACUUUAUUUUCAUUUAUGUCUGUUUCACUCACAUUGAAUUAACUUCUGUGUUUUUCUUCUAUAGGAUUUUCCAAUUACCUCUGCAAAGGUGCAAGUAGUGUCAACUACAGAACUAGAGCUGAAGCGAUUGGUUGAUUGAUCGAAAUAGUCGAUUAAUUGUUGAAAUAAUUUUGAAGUAAAAAUGCCAAACAUUCCCUAGUGUGAGAUUCUCAAUUUUGAGAUUAUGCUGCUUAUCGUUAUUUUAUUUGACAGUAAACUGGAUUUUUGGUUUUAAACUAUUGUUUUUCAGUAUUUUCUGAGACUUUUUACUGAAUAGUUGAUCAAUCAAAGAAAUAAUUAACAAAUUAAUAAUGAAGGGGUAUUUUAUUAAGAUUAAUGGAUGGAAAAUGGCUUCUGCAUUAGUUUCCAUUUUUUUUCCACUUUUUAUUUGUCUGUCUGGAUCAAACUAGAGUCAAAUACUAUUUCUAAAAUAUGUUCAUUGUUUGUUUGAACCUGCUGGACUGUGAAAUUCAUAUUAUUAAGAGAUAAGUCCUACAAAUAAACUGUCAAGCUAGCAGGUAAAGAAGCCCAUUAAUUAUCAGAUAUUUAAAUAUAAACAGAAGCACUGUCAGAGUCUGAUCUUAAUGCCUGUUUCUCUUCUUUUAUUCUCAAAUGUCAAGUGACCUCUCGGCCUGAGGGACGGCAUCCUCUGAGAUUUGAUCUGUCUUUGUCUUCAGUGUGACCUGGUGUACAUGUGAACGCUGUCUCUCGGAGGAUGUGCAGAAUGUGAUUGUGCUCAACACAGUUAGUUGAAACAAAGCUGUCACUCUGAGGUGGAGCCAAUGUGGCUGAACCGUUACCACGAAUAAGCUGAUCUCACUGACGGAGGUUAGAAAUAAUGCUGAUAUUGACUGACAUGUAUUUGCACUGGAACACACUGGUUUGAGUAAAAUCAUA